GUGGUGGACCAGAGGGAGGGGGAGGUCCUCCUCCGUUUGGGGGCGGCCCAUUGCCGCCCGAGUCACCAUCUCCUGCCCCGCCAUCUCCUGGGUCACCGGGUGACGGGCCGGGCGGCGGCGGGGGUACAAAUCCACCCCUACCUCGAGCACCUCGGGCGCCUCGUGGAGCUCCACCUGCUCCUUUACCGCGACCCCUCCCCCGAGCUCGGCGCGUUGGCGGUACAGGCUGCGAAGCACCUCCUUCACCGUCCCCGCCUCGACCUGUCAUUUCUCGGGUAUCCGGGGGCGUGUCUUGGGUGUCUGGAGGCGGAACGACUGUAUCUCGGGUGA